CGUUUAAGUGCCAACAUGGCAGCGAAGGAAGGAGCGAUGGAUCCGGGUCGGUAUUGGGUGCUGCUGCUGGCGGCAUUGCAAGCGGUAUCUGUAUAUGGAACAGAGUUAUCAUCAGAGGCAUGUAGAGAGUUGGGCUUUUCCAGUAACUUGCUAUGCAGUUCUUGUGACCUGCUUAGCCAGUUUGGUUUAAGUGAGCUUGGUCCAUUUUGCAGAAAGUGUUGCCAAGAAGAAGCUCAGCCUGAAACUAAAAAGCUCUAUUCAGGGGCUAUUCUUGAAGUGUGUGGAUGAAAAUUGGGGAGGUUCCCUCAGGUUCAGGCUUUUGUCAGGAGUGACAAGCCAAAACUGUUCAGGGGACUGCAGAUCAAGUAUGUACGCGGCUCUGACCCUGUACUGAAGCUCUUGGAUGACGAUGGGAACAUUGCUGAAGAGCUGAGCAUUCUCAAGUGGAAUACAGAUAGUGUGGAAGAAUUCCUAAGUGAAAAACUAGAACGCCUCUAAAU